UUACUUUAUACGGGCAACACAGUGAACAGCGCAUGUCAAAUCGAGAUCGAAGCGCGUCGAAAACAAGAACAAUGGAAUUGUCUCGUUAAUUUUAUUUCGUGUUUCAAUUAAUUUACAUUGAACUGCUAAAAUGUCAGGCACAAUAAUUGAAAACCUGAGCGGGCGUAAGCUAGCUAUUUUAAUGAGUUUUCUAUUGUUAUGUCAAAUAACAUGUUUUCUAAUCGGCGGAUUGGUCGCGCCCAUGCCAGCAAACGCACAAAGCAUUCUCGGAACUGUUUGCAAAGAUACUUCUACAAUUAAAAAUGACACGACAAAGUGGUUUUACAAUCGUGGCCGCGGUUCGUGCCAAACAAUUCGCCUCGAGAACUUGCAUCAGGACAUUUCUGAGGCGGACAUCGUUUUUGCGUUCCAAAUGCCGGUGCCUCGCGAAAGCAAGAUAUUAGACUAUUCAAGAUGGCAACAAAACUUGAUUGGAGUGCUGCAAGUCGACAUAAGGUAUCAUUCUCAGAUGGAAAUAAAGCCGCGCAGUACUGUUACUAUAGAUGCAAGACUCGCGUACAGAAAUAAGGGUGAUCCGGAAGAUCAAUGGAAGUUGUACACACAGUCUGUAGAAAAGCGUCAUCUCGACUGCGAUAUAGAUGUGCCUAUGGAUGAGUAUUUACACAACUGUUCAGCGAUACCAUUGUUUGAACUCGGCUCAUUAUACCAUGACUUUUAUUUGCUCAACAUUAGACUGCCCGUUGAUGGCCCCGAUAUGAACACAAAUAUAGGACACAUACAAGAUAUAUGGUUGACCGUCAUCAAUCAAAAUGGAGGAUUUACAAAGGUUUGGUUAUCAUUAAAAACUGCAUUUUUCCCAUUCAUCAUAGCCAUACUUGUAUGGUUUUGGAGGCGCAUUCACAUGUUACAAAGAAAGCCAGUAUUACUUGAAAAGAUGUUGCUAUGUUUGGGGUUAGCAUUAUGUUUACUUAAUAUGCCACUUGAGUAUCUGACAUUGCACUUUGACCUUCCGUUUAUGUUGUUACUUGGAGAUAUAAGACAGGGUGUGUUUUAUGCAAUGCUAUUCUCUUUUUGGCUAGUGUUUGCAGGGGAGCACAUGCUUAUACAAGAUGUAUCUGUGCAGAGCUCCCUCAAACAGUACUGGAGGCAUUUAAGUGCAGUUGCAAUGGGUUGCAUUUCUUUAUUCAUCUUUGACAUGUGUGAACGCGGGGUGCAGCUUCGUAAUCCCUUCUACUCCAUAUGGGUGACAGAUAUAGGCACCAAUCUCGCCCUAACAUUCAUCAUACUGGCUGGCAUAUCAACUGGGGUUUACUUCAUAUUUUUAUGCUAUUUAGUGUGGCAAGUUUUCAUAAAUAUAUCUAACAAACGUCAAUCAUUGCCCACAAUGUGCUCAGUGAGGCGAUUGCACUAUGAAGGCAUUAUCUAUCGCUUUAAAUUCCUCAUGUUGGCUACAUUAUUGUGCGCUGCACUCACAGUGAUUGGUUUUAUACUUGGACAAGUUGCUGAAGGUCAGUGGAAAUGGGAUGAGCAUAUUGAAAUCGAAUACACAUCAGCAUUUUUCACUGGUGUAUAUGGAAUGUGGAACAUAUACAUAUUUGCCUUGCUAGUGCUAUAUGCACCAAGUCACAAGCAUUGGCCUACAGCUGAAAGCACAUCAGACACCCAGAAUUUGAGCGAGGAGAUUGAAUUUAAUCGAAUGCCCAGCGAGGGUAGCAGUGAGAUAUCCUCUCUAACCUCCUUCAUAAGAAAAACCACUAUUGACUAAAUUAUAUUUGUCCUAAAACUGAAAUAUAGUUCAGUGUUGCUUAACUGUAUGAUAAAGUAACACUUAGUCUCAGGGGAAAUAGUGACAUAAUUAUCUUAUCCAGUUUUGGUAAAGUAAACAACUCUAACAGUAUUUAUUUAAGGAACAAGUUUUGUACUAAUAUGUUUAUUAUGGAAAUGUAUUCCUUAUUAGGUUAUAUUUAAUUUAUAUAAUCUAUGAAGCAAUAACCAUUUAAUGUACUUUCCGUAGAUUUCUAGUGCUAUGGAGAACUGUAAACUGACUAAUAUUAAACUAAUGGAUCUCAAGUUUGAAUAUUAUUUACGGCGGCUAUGGAAUUUGUAAACAUUUUUUUAUGUAACUACCUAAAAUCAGCGUCUAGCGAGUUCAUUGUAAAGUCUGAGUCAGAAUAUUACCAACUGGUUUUUUGACCUUGACCAUUUCCAGACAGUGCUUCCAAUUAUGUGCGUUGUAAGCUUUAAGAAUGUGAUUUGGUCAUCAGAUUCUAGUAUAUAAACCAUAUACAUAAAUAUACUGGAGUUGAUUCUCAAUAUUCUCCAAAUUUAUCUAUAAAACUUGAUUGAAUAUAAAGAGAUAAUAAAUUCAAACUUUAUUUUUCGGAAUUGAUCCUAAGUCGUCAUUAUAAUUUGAUAACCAAAUUACAUUCAAAAUCUCGUGACAUUUUUUACUUAUAUUUUCUGUGAUAGAUUUAUUUCGUAUUACCUAUAACAGUAUUGCUAGGUUUAUUUUAUAAUAACUGUGUUGCCAUCUGUCUAACAUGUACGCUAUUUGUAAGUUUUUACUCGAAUAUUGUAGUUAUUAGUAGCCCAUAUGGGAUUUGUAAUUCGUUUAGAUAUAUAAUUGAUUAAUAAAGUUA